AAACAUAAUAGAAGAGUCAUUAGAUCUUAUUUUAUUUUUCAAAACAAAGUUUACUUUUGCAGGAUUCUAAGACGAUCAGAGAUGGCAAAAUGGAGUGCAAUAGUACUUAUAAUGAUGGUGGUGAUUGUUGUGGUGGCAGUAGAAGCAAACGGGACUAUAAAUGAUUGGAAAAAAGAUUGGAUUAACUGUUAUCGCAAGUGUUCAAAGCCUUGUAACGAACACGACGGUAAUUGCUUCUUACGUUGCAAAGUCAAAUGCGGUGGCCCAAACCCUCCCCAUAGUUACUCACGAGUUUCACAUGGGACAACAUCCGAAGAAGUUCGCACAGAAGGAGAUACUGAUAGAAAUAAUUUUUCAUAGAAAAUUUGUGAUUGUCU